AUGUCUCUCUCCAAGGAACCGAUCCUCGAGUUGUCCGAUAUGGCCGAGUUCAAUCAUCUGGUUCGCCAGCAUCCAGAGAAAGUCAUCGUCUUGGACUUCUUCGCCACGUGGUGUGGACCAUGUAAGGCGAUCGCUCCAUUGUACAGGGAACUGGCCAUCGAGUACAAGGGAGUCAUCUUUUGCAAAGUCGAUGUUGAUGAAGCCGAAGACCUCUGCGCCAAGUACGACGUCAAGAUGAUGCCCACGUUCGUCUUCACCAAAAACGGAGAGACACUGGAGACUCUGGAAGGUGGUGUCGAGGAGGAACUUCGCCGAAAAGUACGCGAGCACUCGUUGGCGGCUUCUUCCUCAGCCGUUGCUCAUUGA